UCGCGAAUCUCUGUCUCAGAUCCCGGAGAUUUCGAUCCGGAAACCAAGCAAUAUGCCUACGAAACUGCUGAGAUGUGCUCUUUUCAUCUGCCUGGUUAUCAAUGCACUCAAUGCUCAAGCUGAUACCGUGGGACUCACCUGUCCAGCUGGUUAUGAGUAUGUCAACGGCAAGUGUCACAGUCCGAAUUCUUGUCCCGAAGGCUACUACUUGAACACGGAUGGAAAAUGUUACCUGCAGACUAAUUUGAAGUGUGAGCCUGGAUAUUAUCUUAGCACUGAUGGCUUGUGCUAUCGGACAAAUCCAGAGCCCUGUCCCUUUGAAACAACGACCACAACAACGGAGCGAACUACUACAACAACUACAACAGAACCCACAACAACUACAACAGAACCCACUGCAACAACAACCACUACAACAACAGAACCCACCACAACUACAACAACUACUACAACAACAGAGCCCACCACAACAACAACUACUACUACAACAACGGAACCCACAACAACAACUACUACUACAACAACAGCGCCUCCAAUCGUUGAAGAACUGACUCGCUGUCCGCCGGGAUCGAUUUUCUUCGAAUCGCAAUGCCGGAAAAUUGUCUGCUCGGAGGGUGAAUAUUACGCCGGACGUUGUAUUUCAUCGGCUUGUCCGCCGGGAACUGUUUGGUAUGGAAGGCGCUGCCAGGAACCAGGAUAUAUCACCACUAUCCUUGAGAUCGGCAAUGUGAUUCACAAUGAGCACAAAUACACGGUGACCAGUGAAAAUAUCAAUCGUGUGGAGUACAUUACUGAGGCACCUUAUGAUCCGGAUAACGAUAAGAGUUACGAAGCAAGUACUCCGGAAAAUGUCGUUGAUAAUAUUAUAGCGACAACAGCAAGGACUACGACAACAACAAGACGUCCUUGGAUAUAUCCCAGCAUUAGGACAACCACGGAGCAAUCGGUGGUGGAAGAACCAUUUCCGGGGAAGAAUCCCAAGCCGGGCUGCUGUUUCGUAAAGAGCCCUCGUAUUUGCAUCAACUACGCCCCCAAUUGGGUGUGUUCAUCCAAGGAGAAGAAGUUCUGCGAUCCUAGGGUUUGUACAGCCCCUGUUAUAUAUCUCAAGACCCCGCAGAUUGUCUAUGGAGAGAAUCCGAAGCGGGUUAUAAUGCCACCCAAUCCGCCACUUUUGGCAUGCAGUACGCCGGAGUGCAAAGAAAGCGAGGUUUUGGAUUGUUCUGGAUGCAAGGAUAAGCAAAGGGACAAAUGUUCACCAGGUUGCUACAGCUACUAUUGUCCCAAUAACAGCUGUUCCUUUAUGAAUACUGAAGAUUUUUGCGGAUUGUAUCCUGGAGAAUUCGGGUGCAAUCCGAAAGAUGGAUGUAUCUGGGAUUGGUGUACUAAGAAGUGUAAUUAAAUCAAAUGUCUUUAACUUUAAUAAACAAUUUA